CGCUACAUUCGUGCAUUGAUAAAACGAUUCAAAAGUGGUGAAGAAAAAAAAACUGAAAGUUUAUUGUACGCAAAAAAAAUAGCAGCAGCAGCCCUCAAUGGCAAAUGCUAAAAAUAAUUGUGCAAUCAUCAUCGUUUUGCAUUCGCGUUCAUUAUUGUGGUCGUCGUCGUCGUGGGUGUGAAUCUACUAGUGCGUUGUUCCGUCGGACGAAGAGGAACAGAGGUGUGGCCGCGUAAGAACUAUUCUUCGGGAACCGUCGUCGUCGUCGUGGUGGCGUCGCGAUGGAUGAUGUGGACACGGCCGGAUUCGCGGAGCUUCGCGAUAAAAACGAAAUCAUUGCCAAGUAUCUGGAACAGUUGAACCAGCUGAAGGAGCUGGCGGCCAGCAGGGGGCGGAUCAAUGAGACGGAAUUCAACAACUAUCUGGUGCGGCACUACUUCCACAACAAUAACAUCAUCAACUACAUCUUCGACAAGAACACCAGCCGGAUCCUGCUCAAGACGGUCAUAGACCGGAAGAAGAAGAUCAUCAACUUUAUCUUCGUGCUGCUGACGUUGUUCAUAGUGUUCUCGUACAAGCAUGAAGUCUCGACGGUGGUGCUCCGGAACAUCCAGAGUCUUAUCUAUCCGGGGAUGCGGGUAUGGCGGAAGGUGACGGUGCCCAUCAUUGCCAACUACCCGUCGCUGACGGAGCUGUACGACGAAAGUUGCCUGUUGGCGAAUCCGUACUUCCAGGUGGAGAAUCUAAACUGCGAUCCGUGCGCGGACGUGGCCAACGUGCUGGAUCUGACCAACGUGGACCAGGUGGCGGUCAAUUAUCCGUAUAUAUUUAAGACCCAAAAGGAGCUGGUCGACAUCAACCGGCUGCAGAUGCUGUACGAGCAGAACCGUGCCAUUUUCACCAAGGAUGCGUACAAAAUCCAGUCGACGCAUCCGGACAUCCGCAACCUGGACGACCUGUUCCGGCAGUUCGUGAACGCUAGUCAACAGGUGGAGAGCCACAGCGUUUGGCGCUGUAACCGGAUGGCCCCAGCUCGGUUGCUCCGGUCGAUUUUCCCCCGGCCGGCCAGGCUUCCACCGACCGGCGUAAGUUUGGAGCGGUACCUGAUAGUGGACAGUCCACAGGCGCUACCGUAUCGCAUUCCGGACGCCGAGUGUGCCAACAUGUUCGUCAUCCAGGGGUAUGGGAGUAGGACGUUUUUGUUGAGGCCGACGCAGGAGUGCCGGCACCGGUGCCGGACGCUGUCCGUGCGGUUGCCCGCCAGCUAUGGACUGAUCUACAACUGGUGGUACUGGAAGCCGAUUUCGCUUCCGGAGCAGUACGCCAAAACGCCCUCCGUUAGCUACAUCGGAUCGUACUGCUGAACAGCGACAGCUGAGUAGCGACAGUUAAACACAACACGGGACGCCACCUCACCGAAGCCAAAAUACAGAUCAGAGAAAGUAAGAAAAAAGAGUCCGGAACAACUCCUAACCUAACCAACUGCUCAGUUCAGCCCAGGUUAACCGCGCAGAUUUAAGUGUUGUGACCCCCCUCCCUCCCGGAGAGUAAACCAAAUGAGUUGUUUUUGUGUAAGUAUGUAAGGCUUAUAUCUUCUGUCAUCUUUUCGAUUGUUUCGUCGAAUUUAUUUUACUCUGAGAUUAGUCCCAAUACCCAUUAGUCACAUAUCGUUGUUGUGUGUACUACUGUACUGUACUUGACCUACAAGAACUUUUUGAUAGGCCUUCUUUUUAGAUUUUCGUUCAAUGUUUUCUAAGUAAGAUUAGAUGUAAACCUUCAUAAGUAGGAUAAGCAGAUAGCGAUCUAGAGUGAGAAAUAAAAAAAUCCUUCAAACUUCAUUUUAGCGCCAUGUUGGCGCUAUUCAACAGCCGCCAUCUUGAAAUUAAUACUGCCAUCUUGGAUAUUUUGGUUAUAAUUUUUGGACUUCGGAUAUCUUCCCCACACCAAAUAUACUCAUAUAGCAUGCUUUGAGAGCCUAAAACACCAUACAACAGCCGCUUUCUUGAAUUUAGAGCCGCCAUCUUGGAUUGUAGACCACCAUCUUGGAUAUUUUGUUCGGCAGUUUUGGACUCCAAACAUCUUCCCCAUACCAAAUAUACCCAUAUUGCAUGGUUUUCGAGCCUAAAACGCUAUUCAACAGCCGCCUUCUUAAAUUUAGAGCCGCCAUCUUGGAUUUUAGACCACCAUCUUGGAUAUUUUGCUCGUCAUUUUAGGACUCCAGACAUCUUCCCCAUACCAAAUAUACCCAUAUGUCAUGGUUUUAGAGCCUAAACACCAUUCAAAAGCUGCCAUCUUAAAUUUGGAGUCGCCAUCUUGGAUUUUAUACCGCCAUCUUGGAUAUUUUGGUUGCCACUUUAGGACUCCAGACAUCUUCCCCAUACCAAAUAUACCCAUAUUGCAUGGUUUUAGAGCCUAAAACACCAAUAAAUAGCCGCCAUCUUGAAUUGGGAGCCGCCAUCUUGGAUAUUUUGCUCGUCAUUUUAGGACUCCAGACAUCUUCCCCAUACCAAAUAUACCCAUAUUUCAUGGUUUUAGAGCCUAAACACCAUUCAAAAGCUGCCAUCUUAAAUUUGGAGUCGCCAUCUUGGAUUUUAUACCGCCAUCUUGAAUAUUUUGGUCGUAUUUUUGGACUCCGGACAUCUUCCCCAUACCAAAUAUACCCAUAUUGCAUGGUUUUAGAGCCUAAAACACUAUUAAACAGCCGCCAUCUUGAAUUUGGUGCCACCAUCUUGGAUUUAUACCGCCAUCUUGAAUAUUUUGGUCGUAUUUUUUAACUUCGGACAUCUUCCCCAUACCAAAUAUACCCAUAUUGCAUGGUUUUUGAGCCUAAAACACCAUUAAACAAACACCAUCUUGAAUCUUAGGUUGUUAUCUUGAAUUUUGGGCCGACAUCACGGAAUCUGUGAUCUGCAGUGUUGAUUUCCGCACAAAAUUCGUCAACCAUGCUUAAGGUGAAACGGGACGCCGUGUUAUUUUUCCUAUCUUGCCUCUCUUUCUAACAAUUUGCCUCGCGAUUUUGAAGAUGAUAAUCUCGAGUUCUAUUGCACUGAAGAUGUUGAAAACCAAUCAGCAUAUGCACUGCAAGUGAGCAUACACAAUGAUAGGUUUUUGUUGCAAAAUAUGAAGUAGAAUCUGAGAUUACCAUCUUAGUAGCCACAGAGCAAUGGCGGAUAUUUCCUCGACCGUCCCGUCCGCCCUUAAGGUUUCAAAAAUCACCGCAGUUUGAUGUGUCGCAUGAUGGGGCGGCUUGGUUCAGUUUUUUAUUCGGCCAGUUCUACCAAUGCUGGCCCGGAUCACUGAAAUGGCCAUAACUUCGGAACGCCUUGACCGAUCCGGACCAUUUUCUAUGAAGAACAAUGCGGUAAAAUUCCGAUUCGAUUCGAACUAUAAUCCGAAAAAUUGGCCAAUGGAAAGGGCCUUAAAAGUGAGUGAACUUAUUUUGCGCACAGACAUACAUACAUACAUACCGACAUCAUCUCAAAUCAUCGAACAGAGUCGAUUGGUAUAUGCGACUUGAUCUUCCGAGCCUUUUUUCGAAAAAUCGUUUUUUGAGUGAACAUAUAGCCUUUCCAGUACACUUAGUGUGCGAGAAAGGCAAAACCUGGACCAACCGAGAAUCGAACCCCCGACAUCCUCAGCAUAACCUAACCAGUGAAGUGAUUAGUCCUUCUCAUGGUUACAGGAAUGAUGAAUGGGGGUUAAAGGGGGGUUUUGGAAGCAUUUGAGAAAGUUUCAGAGCAUUUUUGACGGGAUUCAGAAGCGUUACGAAGGAGUUUCUGGCGGAUUCGGAGCCCCUCAAGUGCGUUACAUGGGGUCCGUAGAGGUCUAAGAUUUUGGAGGAAGUUUCAGAGCAUUUUCGGCGGGAUUCAGAGGCAUUACAGAAGCGUUGCGGAGGAGUUUGAUGUAACGCAUGAUGGAGGGGCUUGGUUACGUUUUAUAUACGGCCAGUUCAACCAGUCCUGGUACGGAUACUGAAAUGGCCAUAACUCCGGAACGCCUUGACCGAUCCGGACAAUUUUCAAUAGCAAAUAAUGCGGUAAAAUUCCGGUUCGACUCGAGCUAUAAUCCGAAAAAUCGGCUAAUGGAAAGUGCCUUAAAAGUGAGUGAAAUUAUUUUGCGCACAGACAUACAUACAUACAUACACACAUACACACAUCAUCUCAAAUCAUCUCAAAUCAUCGAAAUGAGUCGAUUGGUAUAUGCGACUUGAUCCUCCGAGCCUUUUUCCGAAAAUUCGUUCGUUUCGAGUGAACAUAUAGCCUUUCCAGUACACUUAGUGUGCGAGAAAGGCAAAAUCCUAGACCAAUCGGGAAUCGAACCCGACCCCCGGUUUAAGGGGGGUUUUGGAAGCAUUUGAGGAAGCUUAAGAGCAUUUUUGAUGAGAUUCAGAAGCGUUACGGAGGAGUUUCUGGCGGAUUCGAAGCCUCUCAGAUGCGUUACAUGGAGUCCGAAGGGGUUAGGGGGAUUUUAGAGGCAGUUCAGGAAGUUCCAGAGCAUUUUCGGCGGAAUUCAGAGGCGUAACAGAAGCGUUACGGAUGAGUUUUCGGGGGUUUCGGAGCCUCUCAAGUACGUUACAUGGGGUCCGAGGGGGUUUAAGGCGGAUUUUGGAGGCACUUCAGCAAGUUUCAAAGCGUUUUCGGCAGGAUUCAGGUGCGUUACGCAGGCGUUUUCAGGGGAUUCGGACCCUCUCAGGUGCGUUACAUGGGGUCCGAGGGGGUUUGAGGGGGAUUUCAGAUGCAGAAGUUUCAGAAUAUUUUUGGUGGAAUUCAGAAGCGUUAUGGUAGCGUUACGGAGGAGUUUUCGGGGGUUUUGGACCGUCCCAGGUGCGUUACAUGGGGUACGAGGGGGUUUCAGGGGGACCUUGGCUGCAUUUCAGGUAGUUUCAGAAGAUAUCUUUUGAAACUCCCCUGAAAUAACCUUUUAUUUAAGUGUUCUUGAAACCGCCUAAUACGAGCCUGACCAAACAUGCCUCGAAACGCUCCUGAAACCUCCGUAAACCCGUUGAAAUGCCCCUGAAUUCAUCAUAAUCAAUUUAAAAUGUCUCUGGAACCCCUUUGGACGCCUGUAAUAGAGUCCAUAAACCCCUUGAAACGCCCCUGAAUGCUAUCAAACGCCCUCCAAAACCUCUUGGACCCUUAUAAUAUUUCAGAAACACCCUGAAAUGAUUCUGAAAUACCUUGAAACGCCCCUCAAAGCCCUUGCACCGCCCUUUAAAAGCUGAAGUCCCUUAAAUUGACCUUGAAGCCCCUUGGAACCCCCUUACUUAGUGGAUGACUGACACUGAGGAAGAUUACACGAGGUUGUCGAAAUACGCGUAUCUGUCAAAGGAUAAGCAAAAUAGGGCGGAAUUAAAAGGUCCAAAUGUCAUUACACUCAUUCGAAGAGGACAUUCUGCUUAGAGGGUUCGAAAAGUCGGUACAAGACUUCUUAAACUAUUGAAAUGCCCCUGAAUUUUCCGUUAUCUCAUUGAAAUGCCAACAAAUCUUGAAAGAACGCCCAUAGGUCAUCCAAACUGUUCUUGAGUUUAGAUCCUUAAGUAUAUGGGGGUAACGAUAACUUAUUUCAUUAUACAAAGCUCCGAUUUGUAAUCUAUCGUGUCCGGUAAGUCUUCUGAAAGAUUCAAAGACAAUAUUAGAUCAGACGAGAUAUCCAAGGUCAUCCAAACUGUUCUUGAGUUUAGAUCCUUAAGUCUAUGGGUGUAAUGGUAACUUCUUUCAUUAUACAAAGCUACGAUUUGUAAUCUAUCAUGUCCAUUAAGUCUUCUGAAAGGUUAAUAGACAAUAUCAGAUCAGCCGGGAUAUCCUAGGUCAUCCGGACUGUUCUUGAGUUUAGAUCCUCAAGUCUAUGGGUGUAACGGUAACUUUUUUCAUUAUACAAAGCUACGAUUUGUAAUCUAUCAUGUCCAGUAAGUCUUCUGACAGCUUAAUAGACAAUAUUAGAUCAGACGAGAUAUCCUAGGUCAUCCAAACUGUUCUUGAGUUUAGAUCCUCAAGUCUAUGGGUGUACGGGAAAUUCUUUUAUUAUACAAAGCUACGAUUUGUAAUCUAUCAUAUCCAGUAAGUCUUCUGAAAGGUUAAUAGACAGUAUCAGGUCAGUCGGGAUAUCCUAGGUCAUUCAAACUGUGCUUGAGUUUCGAUCCUAAAGUCUACGGAUGUAAUGAUAACUUCUUUUAUUACACAAAGCUACGAUUUGUAAUCUAUUAUGUCCAGUAAGUCUUCUGAAAGGUUAAUAGACAAUAUCAGAUUAGUCGGGAUAUCCUAGAUCAUCCUAACUGUUCUUGAGUUUAGAUCCUUAGUCUACGGGUGUAACGAUAACUUCUUUUAUUAUAUAAAGCUACAAUUUGUAAUCUAUUAUGUCCAGUAAGUCUUCUGACAGCUUAAUAGACAAUAUUAGAUCAGACGAGAUAUCCUAGGUCAUCCAAACUGUUCUUGAGUUUAGAUCCUCAAGUCUAUGGGUGUACGGGAAAUUCUUUUAUUAUACAAAGCUACGAUUUGUAAUCUAUCAUAUCCAGUAAGUCUUCUGAAAGGUUAAUAGACAGUAUCAGGUCAGUCGGGAUAUCCUAGGUCAUUCAAACUGUGCUUGAGUUUCGAUCCUAAAGUCUACGGAUGUAACGAUAACUUCUUUUAUUACACAAAGCUACGAUUUGUAAUCUAUUAUGUCCAGUAAGUCUUCUGAAAGGUUAAUAGACAGUAUCAGAUCAGUCGAGAUAUCCUACGUCAUCCAGACUGUUCUUGAGUUUAGAUCCUAAAGUCUACGGGUGUAACGGUAACUUCUUUUAUUAUACAAAGCUACGAUUUGUAAUCUAUUAUGUCCAGUGAGUCUUCUGAAAAUUCAACAGGCAGUAUUAGGUCAUUCAAACUGUUCUUGAGUUUCGAUCCUAAAGUCUACAAGUAUAACGGUAGCUUCUUUUAUUAUACAAAGCUACGAUAUGUAAUCUAUCAUGUCCAGUGAGUCUUCUGAAAUUUUAAAAGACAAUAUCAGAUCAGUCGAGAUAUUCUAGGUCAUCCAGACUGUUCUUGAGUUUAGUUCCUAAAGUCUACGGCUAUAGUCUCCGGAGUAGUGUUGUUGAUCUGGAAUAUCUCAAAGCAAUUUUGAUAUGACUCAUGAUAUGCCAGGGGGUUACAGAUUACAGUGCAAAGUUCAUUGUGAGAAUAACUACUGUUACUAUCAAGAGCCAAACUUCAGGAUAGUUUGGACGACCUGCAAUGUCCCAAAAGUUCACAAUAAUAUAAAGUACAGUUCAGAUUGGUCCAGUCACCGCGAUUGAUCAUGAAUUCACGUUACUCAGUAUGCCAGAUACAGCUAAUGUUACUAGUGUAGACCUGAAGUUCUGAACUCAAAGAUAGUUUGGCUGACCUGGAACAUUCCCAUAGUGUCUCUAAAUGACAUUUGAGAUUUCAAGAGCUUAACGGAUCUCAGCUGGUUAUGCUAUGCUAUUAUUUAUGGUGAAAACACAUAAAGUUUUCCUUGUAGAUUUGAAGGGCUAUAUUAUAGAACAGUUUGGACGAACCUGAAUGUCCCAAAGGUUUAUAAUAAUGAAGUAGACUUCAUAUUGGUCCAGUAACCACGGAUGAAUAUUCAACGUUAUUCAUUAUAACAGAUAUGACUGUUGUUAUGAGUGUAGACCUGAAGUCCUGAGCUCCAAGGUUGUUUGGCUGACCUGCAAUAUCCCUGUAGUGUCUUUAAAUGACAUUUGAGAUUCCAUGAGCUUCGCGGAUCCCAGCAGAUUAUGCAAUACUACUAUUUAUGAAGAAAACACAUAAUGUUAUUCGUGUAGAUUUGAAGGACUUGAUUAUAGAACAGUUUGGACGACUCUGAAUGUCCCCAAGGUUUAUAAUAAGCUUGUAGACUUCAGAUUGGUCCAGUGACCACGGAUAAAUAUGCAACGUUAGUCAGUAUAGCAGAUAUGGCUGUUGUUACGAAGUCCUGAACUCUAUGGUAGUUUGGCUGACCUGGAAAAUAUCCCUGUAGUGUAUCUAAAUGACAUUUGAGAUUUCAAGAGCUUCGCGAAUCCGAGCAGAUUAUACAAUACUAUUAUUUAUGGUGCAAAUUGUCGUAGAUUUGAAGGCCUUAAUUAUAGAACAGUUUGGACGACUCUGAAUGUUUGUAAUAAGCUAGUAGAUUUCAGAUUGCUCCAGUAACUGCGGUUGAUCAUGCAACGUUACUCAAUAUAACAGAUAUGGCUACUGUUACGAGUAUGAACCUUAAGUUCUGAACUCCAGGGUAGUUUGGCUGACCUGGAAUACCUCUAUAGUGUCUAUAAACGUCAUUAUAGAUGUCAAGAGCUUCACGGACCCCAGUAGGUUAUGCAAUGCUAUUAUUUGUGGCGAAAAUACAUAAAAUUAUUCUUGUAGAUUUGAAGGACUUUACUAUAAGACAGUUUGGAAUACCUAGAUCAAUUCAGAACAUAGAACACCUUUUGAUAUUCUUAGCGAAGGCUGAAUGAAUACAUAUAAACGUAACCCACAUCCAAGUUCAGCUAUUAAAAGAACUGGUAUGUCUAUUAUUUCGUUUUUCCAGAGCAUAGCGUGUACUAAGUAUACAACGUAACCGCUGGUAUAAAUUGGUGAGCUCGUUUUAUGCUAUUUUAUGCUUCUAAAAGCAAAGUUCACCCGUACCUAAUUGGCGUCAUCUUGUUUCUGACAUUGCUUGUAACAGUUUGGUCUUGCUGAAUACCCCCGCGCUUACAUGAUAUACAAAUAGUUGUUUGAAACAUAAUUAUAUGAGGUUGCUAUCUGAUUAUCCUACUUAUUCCCAGUGUUUUUACUACUACGUACUUUUCAAAUCCAAAUUUGUCUACGUUCUAUACUCUUGAUCUUGAAAACAAAAAGCUAAAACAUAAAUUUAUCCUAUUAUUUAAAACUUUAGGCUAAGUUAAGUGAAAUGAUAUUACAAUACCCUGACUGAAAACUGAAACAUAUUAGUGUUAAGCUUAAAACUCCUGUUGUUUUUUUUUUAUUUUGUUUGUUCUUCCUCGAUUGUUUUCCGUUGUUGGAUCAAUGCCAAAAACUAACCCCAAACUUAACUCGAAAACGUGAAUAAAUGAUAACAAAUGUACGAUAGAACUGUGAGUAACGAACAGUUAUUCAUAGACGAUGAUGCUUCCUUAGAUGAAAUCAAUUUUGGGAGAAAACAUGCCAUAACGAAACUUCAAUUAUUAACGCAAUGAGCGAGAAAGCAGAAGCAAAAAACCCCGUGAAUUCUGAGAGUAGUGGAAGUAAUGACGGACGAGCCGAUGUAACAGUAUGUGUGCGAUAAUGAUAUUACACUGAACAAAAAACGCCGAAGUGGAAAACGAAACUGAGUACAGUAGAACAUAUUUAAAAGUAGAAGAAACGUGUGGGCGUGAUCCGGUGAAAAAGAAACACUACGAGUAGAAUGGUGCAUUUUCUUCCUUCCCACUGAUUACAGAAAGAAACAAAAUUUAGAAAACAAAAAAAAAACAUAGACUUAUAAACUCCUGACAAGUUAAAACCCACAGAAAGAUAGCGAUUGCAUUUUUAAAGCUAUUAAGGAACAAACACUCACAUACACUAACACUAACACACACACAAACGCACGGUUGUACAUAGCGAAUAGAAACAGCGCGCAAGCACACAUAGCGUAAUGAGAAUACUAUUAUAUAUUUUUUGCGGUGGAAAUGAGUUAGAGGAGAGAAGAAAACAGUCAGUUGAAUAAAUAUGUAUAGAGAGAGAGGAAACAACGUGUGUGAAACAAAGGCAUUUAAUCGCUCAAAA